UCCCAACCGUUCGCCCCUGUCUCCCCAGCUCCUCGCGGAGGAGGAGGCGGGGCGGUACAGAGAAGAAGAGCGAAGGGGGUUCCAUCACUGAGCACCCGGGCCACGAUUUGAGCCGCCGAGGUCUCCCGGCUGUCGCCCGGCCCUCGCCCCGGCCCCAGCCAUGGGGCCCCCUUCCAGCUCUGGCUUCUACGUGAGCCGCGCGGUAGCCCUGCUGCUGGCCGCGCUGGCCGCCGCGCUCCUGCUGGCGCUGGCGGUGCUCGCCGCCCUGUACGGCCGCUGCGCGCGAGUCCAGCCGUCCGACCUCCAUCACAGCGGGGUCCCGGACGCCGCGUCCUCGCCGCGCGGCACGCAGGAGGAGCAGCUGCCCACCUGGCCGCCCCGCCCCACUCGUGAACCGGCGGGUACGGCCACCCCGGGCCACUGGCGACCCCCGGGCCCCUGGGACCAGCUGCGCCUGCCGCCCUGGCUCGUGCCUCUGCAUUAUGAGCUGGAGCUGUGGCCCCGGCUGCGUCCGAACGAGUUCCAGUCUCCGACGUUGAGCUUCACCGGCCGCGUGAACAUCACCGUGCGCUGCACCGCGGCCACCGCGCGGCUGCUGCUGCACAGCCUCUUCCUGGACUGCGAAAGCGCCGAGGUGCGGGGUCCUCUGUCUUCUGGCCCCCGAGACGGCGCGGUGGGUCGCGUGCCCGUGGACGACGUGUGGUUCGCUUUCGACAUGCAGUAUAUGGUGCUGGAGCUCGGCGCGACCCUGCAGCCCGGGAGCCGGUAUGAGCUGCAGCUCAGUUUCUCGGGCCUGGUGUACCGGGACCUCAGGGAGGGGCUCUUCUUCAGCAUCUACACGGACCAGGGCGAGCGCAGGGCCCUGUUAGCAUCUCAGAUGGAGCCAACAUUUGCCAGGAGUGUUUUUCCUUGUUUUGAUGAGCCAGCUCUAAAGGCAACCUUUAAUAUUACAAUUAUUCAUCAUCCAAGCUAUGGGGCCCUUUCCAAUAUGCCAAAGCUAGGUCAGUCUGAAAGAAGAGACGUGAAUGGAAGCGUGUGGACUGUUACCACCUUUUCCACCACUCCCCACAUGCCAACUUAUUUAGUCGCGUUGGCCGUAUGCGACUAUGACCACGUCAGCAGAACAGAAAGGGGCCAAGAGAUACGCAUCUGGGCCCGGAAAGAUGCCAUCGCAAAUGGAAACGCAGCCUUUGCUUUGAACAUCACAGGUCCUAUCUUCUCUUUUCUGGAAGAUUUGUUUAAUAUUAGUUACCCUCUUCCUAAAACAGAUAUAAUUGCCUUGCCUACUUUUGACAACAGUGCAAUGGAAAACUGGGGACUAUUGAUAUUCGAUGAGUCAUUAUUGUUGAUGCAACCAAAUGAUCAAGUAACAGACAAAAAGGCUGUGAUCUCCUUCAUUCUCUCCCACGAGAUUGGACAUCAGUGGUUUGGAAAUCUGGUUACCAUGAAUUGGUGGAAUGAUAUCUGGCUCAAAGAAGGUUUUGCAUCUUAUUUUGAAUUUGGAGUCAUUAACUACUUCAAUCCUAAAUUCCGAAGAAAUGAGGUCUUUUUUUCUAACAUUUUACAUCAUGUCCUCAGUGAAGAUCACGCCCUGGUGUCUAGAGCUGUGUCCUUGAAGGUGGAAAAUUUCACAGAAACCAGUGAAAUAAAUGAACUCUUUGACUUAUUUACUUACAACAAGGGAGCAUCUUUGGCCCGAAUGCUUUCUAGCUUUCUGAAUGAGAAUGUAUUUAUCAGUGCACUCAAGUCAUAUUUGAAGACAUUUUCUUACUCAACUGCUGAGCAAGAUGAUUUAUGGAGGCAUUUUCAAAUGGUCAUAGAUGACCAGAGUAAAAUUCUUUUGCCAGCGCCAGUAAAAAGCAUAAUGGACCGUUGGACACACCAGAGUGGUUUUCCAGUCAUCACCUUAAAUGUAUCUACUGGUGCCAUGAAACAGGAACCAUUUUAUCUUGGAAAGGUUAAAAAUCAGACUCUCCUAACCCACAACGACACAUGGAUUGUACCUAUUCUCUGGAUAAAAAAUGGAAUCACACAGUCUCUAGUUUGGCUAGAUAAAAGCAGCAAAAUAUUCCCUGAGAUGCAAGUUUCAGAUUCUGAUCACGACUGGGUGAUUCUAAAUUUGAAUAUGACUGGAUAUUACAGAGUUAACUAUGAUAAAGUAGGUUGGAAAAAGCUAAAACAACAGCUUGAAAAAGAUCCUAAGGCCAUCCCUGUUAUUCACAGACUGCAGAUGAUCGAUGAUGCCUUUUCCUUAUCGAAAAACAAUUAUGUUGAGAUUGAAACAGCCCUUGAUUUAACCAAGUACCUUGCUGAAGAAGAUGAAAUCAUAGUAUGGUAUGCAGUCUUGGUGAACCUGGUAACCAAGGAUCUUGUUUUUGAUGUGAACAACUAUGAUAUGUACCCAUUAUUAAAGAAGUAUCUGUUAAAGAGACUUAUCUCAAUAUGGAAUAUGUAUUCAACUGUAAUUCGUGAAAACGUGGCAGCAUUACAAGAUGACUAUUUAGCCCUCGUGGCCCUGGAAAAACUUUUUGAAACUGCGUGUUGGUUGGGACUGGAAGACUGUCUUCAGCUGUCAAGAGAACUCUUCAAAAACUGGACAAACCAUCCAGAGAAUGAAAUACCUUAUCCGAUUAAAAGUGUAGUUUUAUGUUAUGGCAUUGCCUUCGGAAGUGAUGAAGAAUGGGACUUUUUGUUAAAUAUGUACUCUAAUAAAACAAAGGAAGAAGAAAAGAUUCAACUCACUUAUGCGAUGAGCUGCAGUAAAGACCCAUGGAUACUUCACAGAUAUCUGGAGUAUGCCGUCACGGCAGCUCCAUUCACUUUUAACGAAACAAAUAUAAUGGAAGUUGUGGCGGAAUCUGAAGUAGGCCGGUACAUUGUGAAGGAUUUUUUAAUCAACAAUUGGCAAGCUGUGAGUGAAAGGUAUGGAACACAAUCGCUGGUUAACCUAAUGUACAUAAUAGGGAGAACCAUAAGCACAGAUUUACAGAUCACAGAGCUGCAGCAGUUUUUCGGCAACAUGUUGGAAGAGCACCAGAAGCUCACAGUUCGUGCCAAAUUACAGACAAUAAAGAACAAAAAUCUGGAAAACAAAAAGCGCAAUGCCAGGAUGACAGCGUGGCUACGGAAAAACACGUAACUGAGCGGCGGCCACUUCCGGCACCCCUCAGGCCCGUCAUAAUGUACUUUGUGCAGAGUUUUGUCCUCCAAUACUUUUGCCCGUUGCCUGUGUCACGGUUUACAGGCUACCGAGCCUUUAUUGUGUCACGAAAAGAGCCAGGAUCGAAGGAUCCACAAAGUGCCCUUGGGAUUGCUGUCGUGGAGGCCGGAAUGAGAGGAAGGCUUUGCUCUGAAGCUGGAGACUGCGUACCCACCUGUGGGCCAGACGCUCAUUUGGCCAAAGUCUCUGUGCAAAAAUAAUGCUGUCAACAGACAGUAGCAAUUAGGGGCAGAUCUUCAGCCCCAGGGAAGUGGCCAAAUACAGAGAAAUAGAGCUAAAAGGCCAACAUGCUAACCAGAGCAUAAUCUUUACAGCCAAGCCCUCAGGGGACCAAGUUUGAAAUGCGGUUUCAUCUGGCCAAAUCGAACCUGCUUGUAGUUUGGAGAACUUUAAAGGUGUUCAUCAGUUACGAUGUAUGGAAUUAGCUUAGUUUCGUUACACAGGAUUAAAUCGGGACCGCUAAAGCAAGG